CAAAGAGCUCUGAUGGGAAGUUUCACAAAGCUGUUAUUCUUACUUUGGGGCUGCUGAGUGUUUCCCUGUUGGUUGGGCUCAUUGGCCUUGGUCUUCACUAUCACAGUGAAGCUGCACAUUUCUCUUUUCUCAAAAACAACCUGACCGAGCAUCUCCAGGCCUCUAUUAAUGCGAUGUCAUUCAUGACCAGAGAGAGAGACCUGCUGAAUUCAAGCAUCACUGAGCUAAAGAAAGAACUCAUUUUAACCAGACAGAGAGAGAAGACUUGUCCAGCAGGAUGGAGGAUAUUUAGUAGUUCUUGUUAUUUCCUCUCCAAUGACUCUGGUUCAUGGACGAGAGCCAGACAGGACUGCAAAGACAAAGGAGCAGAUCUAGUUGUCAUUGACUGCAACAAGGAGCAGACAUUUCUCUCCAAGUUAACAAAGUCAGAAACAUGGAGCUGGAUUGGUUUGAUGGAUGGGAGCAAUGAGGGAACCUGGACAUGGGUUGAUGGAUCUUCUCUCACUCUAAGGUACUGGGAGGCUGAGCAACCUGAUAACGGUGGUGGUGAUCCAAAGUGGGGUGAAGAAGACUGUGCACAUAUUAGAACUGGCAAGGAUACAGAAGAAAACUGGAACGACCGCUCAUGUGAUGCUACUCUGAGGUGGAUCUGUGAGAAACUGGCUUAGCACUGAGCUAUAUGUUUACAUGCUUUUGAAAGUCAUAGUGCCAGUCCCAUCUCAUCAAGAAUAUUUAUUAAAAAGGUUUAUUAAAAAGGUUAAAAAGGUUUAUUUGAAAGGUUCAGAGUAACUCGCCUCUGUCAGUGCGCCCCAGGGUGGCUGUGGCUACAAUGUAGCUUGCCAUCACCAGUGUGUGAAUGUGUGUGUGAAUGGGUGGAUGACUGGAUAUGUAAAGCGCUUUGGGGUCCUUAGGAACCAGAAAGCGCUAUAUAAAUACAGGCCAUUUACCAUUUACCAUAACUCCAGAGGUAGAGGUAGAGAGUCACUGUAAUUUCAAGAGAUAAAAUCUUUACUCCAAGUAGAAAAGCCAUAGUUCAUGAAAAGCUAUGACUGUUUAAGGGUCUGAGUUAGUAAAAAAAAAAAAGGUUAAAUUCCAAACAUAAAAACAGAUAGACUGUAUAUAAAAGAUAGUUGCACCAUGCAGGUUAAAAAUGAAGCCAGGUUGGAAAUGUCAUAUACCUGUCUUUUUGAACUACUGACCAGCAGAGGGCAACCUUGUACCUGUGUAGAACUCUAUUUCUCGCUUGAUUUAAAACAUCAGUAAAUAUUUUUCUAAUGUAUGAGGGGCCGUA